GGAGCGUGCGUCGAAGGCCCGUUUCCGGUUUUGUCGCGCGUUUCGAGCCUCGGGCGGUCCACGGGGAGGGUCCCUCGGCCAGGACACAUGGAUGCCCACCCACCGAGCCUCAUGGUAGGAGUCUAACUGCCUCCAUUUCCUCACUUGUCCUGUGAGGGCCCCUACCUUUUCCUCUGGGAACCUACCCUCCACUGGCCCCUUGUGGCCCUUGCCAGGCUCAGGCAUGCCCACCCUCAAGGGAGUGAGCAAAACCCUACCCAGAUUGGGGCCUGCCGGAGACCCUCACAGGGGGAGGUUUGUAGAUCACCAUGAUCUGGCUCCCUCCUCCUCCAUACUGCCCCUCCCCUCGAUUUUUAGAGCCAAAGGGGCCUGGUGACUGUCUCGCCCAACCAUGUGCCUGAGACACACCAUGAGGUGGAGCCAGAAUGAGGCUGGCACCCAGGGUUCCCUGGGGUGCUGGUGUAUGUCUUUUCAGGAGGCUGUGACGUUUGGUGAUGUGGCCGUACACUUCUCGAGGGAGGAGUGGCAGUGUCUGGACCCUGGCCAGAGGGCCCUCUACAAGGAGGUAAUGCUGGAGAACCACAGCAGUGUGGCUGGACUAGCAGGGUUCCUGGUCUUCAAGCCUGAGCUGAUCUCCCGGCUGGAACAAGGGCAGGAGCCAUGGGUCCUUGACCUGAAGGGAGUCGAGGGGAGAGAGGGGGCAAGAACCUUCCUUACAGAUUCUGCAGUUGGGAUUGCAGGUGAGCAGGCCUGUGAGGACAUGGAUGUUCUAAAAUCAGAACCCUGUGUGGCGAUGGUCAGAAGCCCCCCACAGGGUUUUCCUCAGAGUUCUAGCUUUAGAAACACCUCUGAUUCUGAGGUCUGGUCAGAGAGUAAGCCAAGCUCCCUCCUCCAGAAAAACCGCUGGAACACAGGGACUGUGGCUCCCAGGAAGACCUUUGCCAAGGAGGGUGCCCAGGGAUGUGGCAAGCUGGAGAGCAGUGGCGACCUGGGUUGUCAGCCUGGCAAAAGUCAGGGAGGUGCCGCCGAAGGGACAGUCCGAAGAUGUGACAUGUGUGGCACAAGUUUCAGAUCUACUUCAGACAUUGCUCUGCAUCAAGAAAUUAAUACACAGAAGAAACCUAACAGAUGUCCAGAGUGCAAAAAAAAAUUACCUGAUUGUUUACAGGGGAAACAUGGAAGUAACUGCCAUGGAGAGAAGCCGUAUGAAUGUGAGGAGUGUGGGAAAGUCUUCAGGUUGUGCUCACAGCUUAAUCAGCAUCAGAGAAUCCACACUGGAGAAAAGCCAUUCAAAUGCAUCGAGUGUGGAAAAGCCUUUCGUCUGAGCUCAAAACUUAUUCAGCAUCAAAGAAUUCAUACUGGAGAGAAGCCCUACAGGUGUGAGGAGUGCGGAAAGGCCUUUGGUCAGAGCUCCAGCCUAAUCCACCACCAGAGGGUCCACACGGGGGAGAGACCCUAUGGCUGUCGAGAGUGUGGGAAGGCCUUCAGCCAGCAGUCCCAGCUGGUCAGACACCAGAGGACCCACACCGGAGAGAGGCCCUACCAGUGCCAGGAGUGUGGGAAGGCCUUCAGCCAGAGCUCAACCCUGGCUCAGCACCAGCGGAUGCACGCUGGGGACAAACCUCAACUUCCAAGGAACCCAGAUGGCCCCGGCCUUGUUGCACAUCAGAGAAUCCACCCUACAGAGAAACCAUUUAAGUGUGACGAGUGUGGAAAGGCCUUCAGGUGGGUGUCUCGCCUUAGUCAGCACCAGCUGACCCACACUGGAGAGAAACCUUAUAAAUGCAACAAGUGUGCAAAAGCCUUUGGUUGUAGCUCACGGCUUAUUCGCCACCAGAGAACUCACACUGGAGAAAAACCAUUUAAGUGUGAGGAAUGUGGGAAAGGCUUUGUCCAGGGCUCACACCUAAUUCAGCACCAGAGAAUUCACACUGGAGAGAAGCCCUACGAGUGUAGUGACUGUGGAAAAGCCUUCAGCCAGAGCUCAAGCCUCAUUUACCAUCAGAGAAUCCAUAAGGGAGAGAAGCCCUACGAGUGCCUCGAAUGUGGAAAAGCUUUCAGUAUGAGCACACAGCUCACGAUACAUCAAAGGGUCCACACUGGGGAGAGACCCUACAAGUGUACUGAGUGCGGGAAAGCCUUCAGUCAAAACUCAACCCUUUUCCAGCACCAGAUAAUCCAUGCAGGAGUGAAGCCCUACGGAUGUAGCGAGUGUGGGAAAGCCUUCAGUCGGAGCUCCUAUCUUAUCGAGCAUCAGAGGAUCCACACCCGGGCCCAGUGGUAUCAUGAGUACGGGAAUACCUUGGAAGCUUCUACCCACGUGAGCCGUAAAAAAGUCAAUACUGUCAAGAAACUGCAUAAAUGUAAUGAAUGUGAGAAAAUAUUCAGGUGGCGCUCACAUCUCAUUAUACAUCAGAGAAUUCACACCGGAGAAAAACCUUACAAAUGUAACGAAUGCGGCAAAGCUUUUAAUCGGAGCUCAAGGCUUACUCAGCAUCAGAAAAUUCACAUGGGAUAGACCACUUACCUUUAUAAAUGUGCAUAAAUGUGAAUAAACCUACAGCCUUAACUU